CAACCAUGAUGAUCGACCGAUAUCCCUCAUAACGACUAACCUGUCGAGGGUGUCAUAGUGUUCGGAGUCUGUAUUCGUAUUGUGCAUUCCGUGAAAUGGAUGUUAUGUGAUUGCCUUAGAUGUGUCAUUUUUUGUUUUUUAAUCUUAAAUUUUGGUAUAUUUUUUAAAACUUGAAAAUAAGCAUGGCACAUCUUCUUCAAGUCAUCAUAUCGAUAUUAAUUACAUCUCAAUACGUAUUUUGCCAGAAGUGCCCCUUCAACUGGUAUGCUCAAUCGGACACUAGUAGCAAGUGCUACAGGGCCUUCUUAACAGAUCUGCGAUCCUGGGAGGAUGCCCGGUCACUGUGUAGCAUACACGGAGGAGACUUCCUGAAAAUAGAAUCGCAACAGGAAAUGGUGUGGAUAUUCGGUCAACUGCAGAACUUGGUGAUAACCAACCGCACCCUGAACGGCUCAAGCUGGUGGAUAGGCCUCAAUAACAAGCAGGUGGCCUCAACAUGGGCAUGGGCAGAUAACUCCAAUGUGGCCAACUUCGUAACUAGCAAUUGGGCGCCGGGUUCACCUGCCGCAAGCGAUUCCAAGCAUUGCGGGUUGGUCGGACUACAGAACAAAUUUACGAACGACAACUGCACCGCGCCGCACCAUUGGAUCUGUAACAAGGACCGAGGGGCGCCAAUGACCUGCGAUGCGGACAACAAUUGGCAGUCGCUGAACGGGGCUUGCUACAAAGUAUUCCAAGCCAAGAACACGUACAAUCAAUCCAAGUCGACAUGUAACCGGUAUAAUGCAGACCUGACCACUGUGGAUGACCCGAACGUCGAGAUGCUUCUGUCCGACUUCGCCGUAAACAACAAAUUGUCCAUGUGGAUAGGACUCGAGGCCAGUGGUACCGGACCGUCGUGGACGUGGAAAUGGUACAACGGUUCCACACCUACCGCUACCUUCUGGAACACCUCCAGUCCGCCUGGAAAUUCACAGGGUUCGUGCGCUGUUCUUUCGUACACGCUUCCGUACCAGAGCGCUUGGAUCCCGGCUCAGUGCACAGACCGCAAUGGAUUCGUCUGCAGGAAACCACAGGGAACCUGCGUACCCGGCUGGAUCGGACACAGGACCACGUGUUACCAGUUCAACAUUCAUUACAAACUGAGCUUUUUAGACGCAACGUUAUUUUGUAGUCAACAAGGGGGACAACUGCUAAAAAUUUCUAGCGAUGCUGAUCAAGCCUUCAUCAACACUUACCUUGACGAGAUACGUGACAGCGAAAUUAACUCGUUCUGGAUAGGAGCCUCCGAUGACAACGGGACUAAUAACGGAAUGAUAAAAUGGCGAGAUGGAACUUUUUUAACCUACAAGCACUGGAACAAUGGACACCCAGUCAAAUUGCCGGGAAAACAGGAUUGCGCCGAUAUACAAACCCAGGAUACGGCUGGCUUUUGGCGCAUGAGUCACGACUGUAGCCAAGUGAAACCGUUUGUGUGCCAGAUAGGAACGGGACUUCCGGUGAAACCCCUCGCAUCGACACCACCACCGCGCUACGGCUGUCCUCAGGGUUGGGCCCAGGCUAAAGACGUCUGUGUCAAGGUCGGAGACAGGCAAUUCACUUGGUCUCAAGCCCGGGCAGCGUGCCAGAACAUGUCCACCGGGGCUGAUCUGGCCCUGAUAUCAAGGCAGGACAUACAGUCGAAAAUUAACGGUUUGACUAAUAGAGCGACUAACUACUGGAUAGGUCUCAACGACCGGGCCGUAGACGGGACUUACAUCUGGAACGAUGGACAAAUACAGUUUCAGGCAGCUCAGUAUGCCAACUGGAAGCCAGGUCAGCCCGACAACGCAAACUUCGUCCAGAACUGCGUUGCUCUUGACCACCAACAGUGGAACGAUUUCGACUGUUCACGAGCCAAACAAUUUGUAUGCACGAAAAUAGCAGACAGUAUAUUUCCAAGCCCCCCUCCGACUACACCAGCUACGGAUUGGUCCGUCAAGUGUGGGCCCGGUUGGGACAGUAAUCCUCUGUCCCCGUUCUGUUACAUGUUCGUGGAUCAGCCCCUGUCGUGGACUGACGCUCAGACUGAAUGCAGGAAUCACCAAAGUGACCUGCUGUCCAUAGAAACCGUCCAGGAGCAGGCGUAUAUCGCAGGUCGUCUGUCCUCUCUGAAUUCCAUCGCGGUCUGGACGGGCGCGAACGACCGCAGUACGGAGGGCGGCUGGAAAUGGUCCAACAGUCAGCCCUUCGCCUACCUGAACUGGGCCCCAGGACAACCGGCCGCUACGAACGGUCAGGGCACAGAUUGCGUGGCGAUGUUGACGAGUAGCGCACUGUGGGAUGACGUCGACUGCACGAGCCGCAAUGGUUACGUGUGCGAGAAACCAGGAAAUCUCCCUACCGCGCCUCCCACCCCGGCCCCGACAAUAAGUGUACCUGCGGGCAUGGUGCUAGGCUGCAACGUGGGGUGGCUGCCCUACAAGAACAACUGCUACAGGAUCAUUAGAAACCCAAGCACGUGGCAGGACGCCCAGAUCACGUGCGGCAGAAAUGGCGGGACCCUGGCGAGCAUUCUUGACCAGAAUGAACAGAACUUCAUCCAAGGAAACCUGCCAAAACCUGUUCUGUCGUGGGACGGUUUAUGGAUCGGACUGAACGACAUUGCCGCUGACAACUUCUUUGUCUGGUCCGAUGGACAGACGGUCACUUAUACGAACUGGAAUGUCAACGAACCUAAUGACUUCAGUAACCGUAAUGAAGAUUGUGUUGAAAUGAGGCUUGACGCAGGACGCUGGAACGAUGAAGUUUGCUCCAUGGUCCGUCCUGGUAUGAUCUGCAAGACGUCGAAAACCGCCGUGUCCGCAACGCAAGCGCCGUACCAAAUCGGCUGUCCCCUGAAUAGCAUCGGUUUCGGGCAGUUUUGCUACAAGAAAUCAUACAACCAGGCGCUUUCGUUCGACGCCGCCAAUACCGCGUGUGCCCGCCAGUUGAAUGGCACACUGGCUACAGUGUACGGCAGAAUACUUCAAGCGUUUUUAUCGUCCAAUCUUCUGGUGUAUACACACGGUUACUACUGGAUCGGCCUGUCAGACAGGGCACGAGCUGGGACGUACGCCUGGAGCGACGGAAGUGCCCUUGCCUACACGAACUGGGUCAAUACCCAUACAGGAAACGAACGCUCCACAUGCGUCUCCAUGCAGUCAGACGGCAUACCUGGGCUCUGGCUGAAUCAGCAAUGUAACCAAAGCAACCAGUUUAUCUGCCAGUUCCCCAGACAAGGGUUCCCUCUACCAACAACCGCGCGCACCACGCUCUCAAACCUACCCUGUCCGUCGGGAUGGCUGGCGAAUGGCCCUAAUUGUUUAAAAGCGUUCGCGGCACAAAACACAAGCAGGAAUUGGAUGCAGGCACGAAUAUACUGCCAGGGUCUGGGGGGAGACCUGCCUAGUUUCCAUAGCAACUACAACGACUCCAUCCUGGCAACACUGCUUGCAAAGUACAACAGAUCGAUGUUCUGGAUUGGUCUAAACGAUCGAGGGAGAGAAGGAGGCUAUGUUUGGAGCGACGGAAGUGCCGUUGACUACACGAACUGGGCAGAUAAGCAGCCCGACAACUUCAAUAAUAACCAGGACUGUGUACAAGUGGUACCCAGCCUGAAGUGGAACGACCAGACCUGCUACGCCGUCACGAAGUUCAUUUGCGCGAUACCUCGAGGUACUAUUCUGACCCCUGCAACUACACUCCCAACGGGGAUAACAUCGUCGGUGUGCGGUGCAAACUGGCUGCUCUACAACAACAGCUGUUACUCUACGAGCCCAGACACGGGAGAUAACUCGACCGUGUCCUGGUACGACGCCCAGACCUACUGUAACGCCCAAGGCUCCAAUCUGGCCAGCAUCCAUGACGUCAAUGAGAAGAAUUUCCUCACAAGCAUGGUCCUUAAUUUUACGAAAAAGGAAUACUGGCUCGGGUUGAACGCCCUGGAUAAUAUUGGAUUCAAGUGGGUAGAUACCAGCGCUGUGGACUAUGUCAACUGGGCUCCCACGGAACCCAACGACUUCUAUGGCAUGGAAAAGUGCGUAACCAUGUUCAGGCUUAACGGUCUCUGGAACGAUCAGAACUGCAACAGACCACAGGGUUUCGUGUGCAAAAAGCCUGCCAGUGGGGCAGCUCUAAUUGUGUCCCCCACGCCCUUCCCCUCGGGCGGAUGUUCAAAUGGCUUCACCAGGGCGCCUGGCGGGCGUAACAAGUGUUUCUUGAUCGGAGGCGUCCAACAAAGUGCCAGGUUAAAUUACACCGAUGCUGUCAAGUUCUGUCGGAAAUUUGGUACAGGUUAUGAUAUUGCAAGCAUAGAAGACCAGUUCGAACAGCAGUUCGUGAUCUUGAUGAGUAAAGGUCAACGGAACAGCAUGUGGAUCGGCCUGACGGACCGGUUCCAAAACAACAAGUUCCUCUGGCAGGACCAGUCGCCCCUCAUCUACACCAACUGGGACGUCGGAGAGCCCACCAGCCGCUCUGAGAAUCCCCAGCAAAAGGGUGUGCAAAACUGUGUGCUCAUGCGCAUGUACAAACCAGGCUUUGAGGGGCGCUGGGCGGACACAGAGUGCUCUCAACCAAUGGGCUUCAUUUGUCAGACUAGCCAAGAUCCCAGUAUUGUGGUUACGACCCCAAGUAGCAACUGCGGAGUUGGUUACUCACGAUUCCAGAGCAGUUGUUACAAAGCAAGUGCGUCGUCUGACUCUCGAACCUGGUCUAACGCUCAGGUGGCAUGCCAGGCAGACGGCGGCGGAAACCUUGUGUCCAUAACGAGCGUCUACGAAUCUGCGUUCGUGCACAGUCUCGUCCUUCAGAACUACUCGUAUUGGAUCGGCCUGUCCGAUAGCAAGGUCAAGGGCGUGUACGGUUGGGUGGACGGUUGGCCCGUGGUGUAUACAAACUGGGGGUGGCAGGAGCCCUCGUAUGGACUCAACGGCAGCGGUUGUGUGAUCAGCAACAAUAAAGGAAAGUGGAACGAUACGGACUGCAAUCGACUGAUGCGAUACGUGUGUGAAAUUACAACAGCUGCACCACCAACGACCCCGCCCCCUUCAAAUAAAUGUCAGCAGACCGGUUGGAUUAUAAAUGGCGGUUACUGCUACAGCGCGUUUGUCAACACAGGUCGCUCAUGGCCCGAGGCCGCGAGGGAGUGCCACAAGCAAGGCGGCUACCUCGCUUCCGUUCACUCGCAGCAAGAAAUGACGUUCAUCUUCAACCUCGUGGCGCAAACAAAUGUCACUAACUCGCACUACAAGCCCAACAUCUGGAUCGGACUGGAGCAGGGCGGACAAGCCGGGUACACGUGGACGGACGGCACGGCGAUCAACUUCGUGAGCUGGAACGCGGGCGAGCCCUCUCUGCUGGGAAGCCACGGGCAGACGGAAGAAUGCGUGGAGUUCGACCGCAACACGGGCAAGUGGAACGACAUCGACUGCUACACUAACCGGGGAUACGUGUGCAAGUCCUCGCAAGUGAUGCCGACAUCAGGCUAUGCCACAUCGCCCGGUCAGUUCAUCGGCAACGGCAACGACUCCAUUCCUAUAUACAUAGCCCCAACUGGCCCUAUCGCUCCCAGACCGGGACAGGGAGUAACCCAAUUGCCUUACUUCACCAAUCCGGGCAUUCCUCUCGGUAGCCCUGGUCCCAAGCAGCCGCUGCAACAGCAGGGCCCCGUAGUUCAAAAUCAAACCCAAUCAUCCGGCAUGCAGACUGGCAGUAUUGUUGGUAUCAUUGUGGGCUGUCUUAUAGCCGUUGUGUUGGUCGGUGUGGGUUUGAUAGAACUCAAGAGGCGAGGGAUCGUGCGACCCCCCGCGGUCACUGCGCAGGAAGGAGGUCUAGGAUUCGCCAACGUUCUGUACGACAAAAAAGAUGGCGUCACUUUGGACUCAGAAUCUUAAAAUAUAACGUCAUAUUGUCCGUAAAAGACACACUUAAAAUUUAGCACUUCAAUGCAAAGUUUUAUUGUAAAAUUUCUGAGUUCGUUUGCAUGUAUCACUUAAUAUUUUUGCUUGUAUUUUGAGAAUAGUAUAUGUAUUUGUACUCGCACGAUAAUAAUAAAUUAUUGUUAAUUUAACUACUAGCAUUCAUGAUUUAUUCAAUGUGUGCAUGUUCGGCGUCACUUUGGACUUAAAGUCGUGAAUUAUGACGUCAUGUAUGACGCCAUGUGUGAAAGAUUGUAAGUGAAACACAUUUGAAAGGAAGCUUUUCAAUUCAAAUGUUUCAAUUAAAUAAGUCUUAUCUAUCACCUAAUGAUUGGUGAUUAUCAUAUUUUUACAUAAUUUUCACAUUUGUCCUUGCACGGUGAUACUUUUAAGUAGUGUUACUUUUGCUCUAAAAUUUAGUAUAAAAAUACAUGACUUACUAGUAUUUAAUUAGGACAUGUUUUACCAUUCUUAUCAUGCUUAAUAAUGUAAUAUAUCCGUGUGAAUAUUUAUGUGUAUCAUUAUAGUAAAAGAUUGUUUCUGGGUCA